AUGGGCGUGCCCACGUUACGGACGUGCGGCAGGCAGCCAAUAGGAGCCGAGCUCGGGGAAGGGGCUCCGCCAAUAGCGGCCGCCCUCGCGGAGCGCGGGAGCUUUUCGAGCCGGGCCCGUCGGGGAAGCAGUGAAUGGCGCCGGAGCUCCCGGACGCGCUCGCGCCGGGAGCUGCUGCAGUUCGCGGUGGGCUGCGAGGCGCAGGCGCCGCGCGCGCCGCCCACCCCCGGCCAGCUGACGGAGAAGCUGCUGCCCCGGAGGAUCCGCGAGGCCAUGGCCGCCCGCAGCGUCACCCUGUACUGGGUGGACACCACCGAGCCGGCCCAGUUGUGGGACUCCCCAGACCACGAUGGGUACUGGACAGUGUGUGAGCUGCUCCACCACGGAGGCGGUGCUGUUUUGCCAUCUGAAAUUUUCAGCCAGGGUUUUGGUAGACCUGGGGAAGCCAACCUGGAGCAUGAAGGAAAGCUGUCCGGCACACCUCACCUUUCUCCGUGGAUUUUAGCUUUGCCAGCUGAUGCCACUUUAAACAGCUUGCUCUAUAACUCUCCUGAGUACAAAGCCUCAUUUCCACGGAUUGAAGGCACAUUAUUUCUCCCAGUUAAAGGCAGAGAGACGGAAGAGGCGUUGGAAGUUAUCCUGGAGCCCUUGGCAAUGCAUCAAAGACAUUUUCAAAAACCAGUCAGCAUUUUCCUAAAAGACUCGGUGGUCCAGUGGUCUCUCCCUGUGGGCGGCUCACUGGGCACAGAUUGCUGGAUGCUGCAAUGUCCAGAGGAGGGCAGAUCGGCCCAGAGACUGGUACUCCAGCAGCUGGCUGACACGCUGAUGGCCCAAGGCUUACAUCUGGUUGUCAAUGUGGACCCUGGUGAGGGUUGGCCUCCCGUCUCAGGAGUCAUUUCCCCGCUGUCUGCCUGGGCUAUGAUUCUCACUGUGUUUCGAACCAAGGUGGCUGAGAUGCCAAGACGUGGUCUGCAAACAGUUGCAGCCGAGGGCACUCAGGACACAGAUACCCUUUUUUCUGAUGUUGUGGAUGGUGUAUUGAGUCAGCUUCCUGAUUCAUUUGGAGAUCCUGCCUCGUGUGCUCCUGUUCCAGAGUGGGCCCAGCAGGAGCUCCGCCACAGCGCCCCCUGGAGUCCAGCCAUGGUGGAAAAGUGGUUUCCUUUCUCUAACAUCAGUGGUGCCAGUUCAGAUUUGAUGGAGUCAUAUUGGUUACUACAGGCUGCCUCCGCUGGUGCAGAAGCCUCUUCUGGAAUGGAGAGUGAAGUAACACGUGACCUCUCGGAGCUCUACCACAGCAAGCUCAGCCAAGAGUCUACCCUGGUGAAUCCAGAGGACAGAAGAAAGAAACGUGGUGUCCCCCGCACUCCGGUGAGGCAGAAGAUGAACACCAUGUGCCGCUCCUUGAAGAUGCUGAACGUUGCCAGGCUGAAUGUAAAGGCUCAGAAGUCAAAUCCAGAUGGCAGUCCAGAUGUGGCCGGGGAGAAAGGGACCCAAAAGACAGCCAAGACAGUCGGAGGAAGAACGGCCAAUAGACUCGAGGACAGAGGAAGAGCACUGAGGAGUUGUAAACUCAAAGAUUUUAAAACUGAGGAGGAGCUACUAUCUUACCUACGUGAAAAUUACCAAAAGGCUGUGGCCACAGAAGAAACCGGCUUGUAUUCAUGCGCCCAGAGCAUGCUCUCAACCAUUAAGGCAUUCCUAAAGUCAAAAGGCACUAAGGAAUUCGAAGAGACCUGCCUGAAUCAUAUAAAAAGUAACCUCUUAGGAACUAGCAAAAGUCUUCUUCAGAAUCUAGAAAAAAAACUGAAUAAUGAAGAUAAAGUCAGAGAGUGCCAACUUCAGGUAUUCCUUCGUCUAGAGAUGUGUCUGCAGUGCCCUUCUUUUCUAGAAUGUUCGGAUGAGAUGGAGCAAGUAGUGGAGGCGGAGAUGACAGAUUUGCUGCGCCUGUUGUGUCGAGUUGAGGACUCGGCGUACCUGUCCGAGUUUCUGGAGGAGAUCCUGGAAUUGUACAUCAACUCCAUCCCAAAGACGCUGGGAAAGCUUUACGACAACCUCGCAUUUCAGAUCCCUCAGAAACUGGCCGCCGUCCUUCCUGCUGACUUCUUCAGUGACGACUCCGUCACGCAAGAAAGCAAAUCCCCACCCACCUUGGAGCCUGCCGGACCAGGGUCAGGUGGUGCAGAGUCUGACCCGCUGGAGGAGCUCCGCACCAGAUCAGCCAAGAAGAGGAGGAAAAACACAUUAAUACGACACAAAAGCCUUGCAGAGGUUUCACAGAAUCUUCGGCAAAUUGAAAUUCCCAAAGUGCCCAGGAGAGCUACAAAAACCGCCAGUUCUCAGCCUGCUCCUCCUCCCCCGGUGAAAGACGCCGCAGUGCAAGAAGUUACCAAAGUUCGCAGAAAUCUCUUCAACCAGGAAAUGCUUUCUCCUUCAAAGAGAUCCCUGAAGCGUGGACUGCCUAGAAGCCAUUCCGUGUCGGCUGUGGAAGGCCUAGAGCAUCAACCGCAAGGCUUCAAGAAGACCCGAAGCACUGCAUCACAAGGUUAUCACAGACUGCUGACCAAGCGCGUGGCCGAGACUCCGGUGCACAAGCAGACAUCGCGGAGGCUGCUGCACCGCCAGCUGAAGGGCAGGUCCUCUGAUCCUGGCCCUGCAGUUGAUGUGGUUGAAGAGUCCCCAGAGAAAGGAGAAGGGGAAGCAAUUCUGAGACGAAGUCCUCGGAUCAAGUCGUUGACAUUUGGCAGAGCACAUUCUAGUUCCUUCUAUUCUGUGUCCCAGCCAAAGUCUCGCAGUGUGCAAAGAGUCUGCUCCUUCCAGCAGGACACAUCAGACCAGAGAGAGAAAUCUCCAGUCCAAUAUUUCCAGUCCCCCAAGAAGCUCCUCUUUGGAGCUCUGUGUGGGGUGGUGAGCCCCGCAGAGAGGGGUGCAGCCCCAGUACAGAAGCAUUCAAGAGGUGCGCUGGGCUCGGAGGUGCCUGCAGCUUACCAGACUCCUAAGAAGAACUGCAUGCCAUCUCCAACCUUUCCCAAAACCACCCCGAAAAAGCGCCCUGGAUCACCACGGACGCCCUUCCGCACCCCCACCAGGCCGCAGAGCCGCCCCGCACGCCAGACACCUGCAAAGCCGGCCCCUGUCCAGGCCUCCUCGCAGGGCAGCAGCUCCCCGGGGACCCCUGGAGUCCCCCAGGAGAGACCCUCUGUGGCAGCAGGGACCUCUCCUCCUCUGGGGACGAAGACCCCAAGAACUCCCUGCAGGCCAGCGGCCCCGGCCCCCGGGCCUGUGCUGGACGAGGAAUGGCCACAUUUGGUGACUCCCAGCCCGGAGGACCUGGCCCCCUCCCCCACCCAGCCCAGGUGUGCGGGGCCGAGCACUGUGGAGCUCACCCCCAGGACCCCUCCCAGGGCUGAGCCCCCGCCAUGGGACCUGGCACACAACCUAACCGUCACUCCAAGGACUCGACUUCCCUCACCUGGGAGUGCCAUGAGGAGCACCCCUACCAGGUCCCCUCCUGGAGAGCUGGGAUGGGGAGACCCCCCGCCGGACCCCUCCACGCCCCCCCGAGCCUCCCCUCUGCGGCCUGACGCUGGGACCCGGGGCAGGAGGCCCUCCGAUCUCCAAUCAGGCCUGUCCGCGGGCUCUGCUGCUCCUGUGCUCAGCCCGGCCAUCAGGACAAGCUGUGGAGAGGCCCCGAGCCCUGAAAGACGGGGUCACCCAGGCACUGAUUUGGAAAGCGGCAGCCCUGUGUCUUCUGUGUUCCCCGCAAGGGACACAGAGUACCUCACUCUGCUGGAGGAAGCCGAGGGCGGUGGCUGGUCACCAGAGGGAGAGCCACCGGCCCCCGAGUGUGAUCCUAGGGUUCCUGUGCCCUCCUGGGAGCCCAGCACCCCCGAGCUACUGCUCCCCACCCUGGGCCGCAGUGCGGACCCUGUGCAGUGCCAGCUCGCUGCCGACCGGACCUUCGAGGUAGAGCUGGAGGUGCAGGCAGGCGGCCUCCCCAGGCUCCGGAUCCGAAAGAAGCCUGAGGGGGCUGAGGAGGGGGACCCCGAGUGCUCCCCCAGACCGGGCCCGCCCCAGGAUGCCUGCUGCCCGCUGCCUGCACAUAGCACGCCCGGCAAGGCCGGGGCGCAGACGUUCAUCUGCCAGGCCUGCACCCCAUCCCGCGGGCCGCCCGGCACCCACUCUCCACCCACGGCCAAUGCGGGGGUCCCCUGGACACCGUCACCGAAGCAGAGCGGGAAGACGACGCCCGACGCCAUCCAGGCCUGGCCACGCAGGAAGCGUGCGGUGGACUGCGGCACGUGGCCCGGCCCUGAGGACGGAGAGCUGGACGGGGUGAGCCGGCUGCUGGACCUGACCCCGCCGCGGGCCGCCUCCGAGGACACCUGGCCCUGGGCACCGCGGGGGCCCAAGCGUGCGCGCGAGGCCCGCGGGGAAGACGCCGGGUCUCCGGGCUGGGCAGUGCCCACGGACGACGACGAGGUCUUUGUGUCGGGUGAGUGGGCGCCCGGCCUCCAGGGGCUCAGCGAGGGCAGCUCGGGGUCCCGGGCCCCCGCUCACGUGUGGCCUCUCCUAGGCGCCACCCCUCCCGGCUGGAGCAGCCUCUCGGCCAGCAGCCUGCAGGCCCUCACCCAGUCCCCGCUGCUGUUCCAGGCCCGGACACCCAGCUCGCAGGGCAGGGACCCCAGAGGUGCCGCGGGCGCGCACCCCUCCGCCCCAGAUGAGUCUCCUUUUAGCCGCGCGCUCCCCCAGAGACGCCCCUUCAGCAGAACUUACACACGCAAGAAGCUCAUCAGCUAGUGUGGCAGGCAGAGCUCCACGUAGUCCACUGCGGACUCCACCAGUGUGCCCAGAACUGCAGCGCCCGGGCCUUAACCGGACUGAGACAGUUCAAAAGGUGCUCCCGCCAGGACCC